CACGACCUCGACGAGUCCGUCACUGCCCAUUUGCCCUAAACGUCAAAAUUCCACCAAACCAAUUGCUACUGGAUAUUAUAUAAUCUUACGAUCACCAACCCUUCUUCAAUCUCUCUAAACCCCAAUUCCAACAACCCCCAAACUUUCUCUCUCAAUCGGAUCAUGGAGGCGUCACAAGCUCUUUCUCGCAUAGGUCUCGCCGGCCUCGCUGUCAUGGGCCAGAAUCUGGCUCUCAACAUCGCCGAGAAGGGCUUCCCAAUCACUGUCUACAACCGUACUGGUUCCAAAGUCGACGAGACUCUCGUCCGGGCACAUGAAGAGGGUCAGCUACCUCUCACCGGCAAAUAUACUCCUCGCGACUUCGUCCUCUCUCUCCAGCGUCCCCGAUCCGUUAUAAUCCUUGUCAAGGCCGGAGCACCUGUUGACCAGACCAUUGCUGCUCUCGCGGACCAUAUGGAACCCGGUGACACCAUUAUCGACGGCGGGAAUGAGUGGUAUGAGAAUACUGAGCGCCGGAUGCAGGAGGCUGCCAGUAGAGGUCUUCUCUAUCUAGGCAUGGGGGUAUCUGGCGGCGAGGAAGGUGCUCGUCAAGGCCCGUCCUUGAUGCCCGGCGGAUCUUUCCAGGCUUACAAUAACAUCAAUGAUAUUCUCCAGAAGGUCGCCGCGCAAGUGGAGGAUGGACCUUGUGUGACCUACAUUGGCGAAGGGGGUUCUGGUAAUUUCGUCAAGAUGGUCCACAAUGGAAUUGAGUAUGGUGACAUGCAGCUGAUAUCUGAGGCCUACGAUGUGUUGAAGAAUGUUGGUGGGCUAACCAACGCGGAAUUGGCAGAGAUUUUUGAUGAGUGGAAUAAGGGGGAACUGGAAAGUUUCUUGAUUGAAAUCACCGCCGAUAUUUUCAAAGUGAAGGAUGAACACGGAGAUGGUGAAUUGGUGGAUAAGAUUCUGGACAAGACUGGAAUGAAGGGCACUGGUAAAUGGACCGUACAACAGGCAGCGGAGCUGUCGGUGGCUGCACCAACUAUUGCGGCUUCCCUGGACUGUAGGUACCUGAGUGGGCUGAAGGAGGAGAGGGAGAAUGCGGCAGAGGUUUUGAAAGAAGCAGGACUGAAGGAGGAGGUGGGGUCUGUGAGGAGUGGAGUUGACAAGAAGAGGUUGAUUGAUGAUGUGAGACAGGCAUUGUACGCGUCCAAGAUUUGUAGUUAUGCGCAAGGCAUGAAUUUAUUGAGGGCGAAGAGCAAUGAGAAGGGUUGGAAUUUGAAUUUUGGAGAGUUGGCGAGGAUCUGGAAGGGAGGAUGCAUCAUUAGAGCUGUCUUCUUGGAUAGGAUUAAGAAGGCUUAUCAGAGGAAUCCCAAUUUGGCGAGCUUGGUUGUUGACCCAGAGUUUGCCAGGGAGAUGGUUCAGAGGCAGGCUGCUUGGAGGAGAGUUGUUGGGUUGGCUAUCUCAGCUGGUAUUAGCACACCUGGUAUGUGUGCUAGUCUUUCUUAUUUUGAUACUUAUAGGCGUGCCAGGCUCCCAGCAAACCUUGUCCAGGCCCAGAGGGACUUGUUUGGGGCGCAUACCUAUGAGAGAGUUGAUCGACCAGGUUCAUUUCAUACAGAAUGGACUAAACUUGCUAGGAACACUAAUGCUGGUGUUGGCGCAUUUAAUUGAGCUUGUUUUGAAUUGUUGUAUCAGACUUUCUUGUUUGAUUCAGUUGGGUUCUGGUAUGUCCAGUACUCCAGUUUGAAUUAGAAUUGUAUGUUUCAUUGAAAAUUUUCAAGCUUAGGCUGUUAGGCAUAGCAGUUAUUUUUUAGCCUCACAGUUCUAGCUGUUUAAUAAAGAAUGCGUGCCUUCUUGAGUUCAAUGAUCUAUGCUUUCCUUCUUACAA